AAAAUGUGACAAAUAUUAUUGCAAUCUUUCCUACAUAGAUAUAUAACCAAUGUCAUCUCACGCGUCCUUGCGGUGCGCAAACGCAUAUAAAAGUCGCGUCCUGCCGACAGAUGGCAUCAGUCGUUGGCUAUUACUUCCCGAGUUAGGACCACCCAAACAUCAAUAAGCAAUAAUGAAAUCGUUCAUCGUAUUUGCCCUGAUCGUCGCGGCCGUCGCCGCCGCCCCACAACGCAGCCCUGACGCUGACGCUCAGGUCCUCCGCUACGACGCUGAAAACAUCGGCGUUGAUGGCUACAAAUACUCUUAUGAGACUUCCAACGGCAUCAGGUCAGAAGAGCAAGCGCAGCUGAACAACAUCGGCACCGACAACGAGGCCAUCUCCGUCCGCGGCUCCUACGCCUACACCGGCCCCGAUGGCGUCGUCUACACCGUCACCUACAUCGCUGAUGAGAACGGCUUCCAGCCCCAGGGCGCCCAUCUUCCAGUAGCCCCUUAAGUUAUCCAAUGACUUGAACCCGUCUAGUCCAGUUAUAAAUAAAGUAUAAGUUCGUUUGUUUUCA